AUGGUGCUAUCAAGAGCCGUGCCGCACUAUAUCCUCCCUGUGACCGAUAAUUCUUGGGGUAUUGCUCACGGAGUUACCCUGGAGAGCGUUACAGAGGCAUUACGCCACGUGGCUGCUACUGGAGCGCGAAUAGGAGCUGUUCUGGUGGUUUCCCCGACCUAUUACGGGGUAUGCAGCGACAUCAGGGGAAUCGCCCAGGCGUGCCACGAGGCAGGCGCGCCGUUGAUAGUAGACGAGGCUCACGGGGCGCACUUUAAGUUCCACAGCGCGCUCCCAGAGACGGCGCUAGAUGCGGGGGCGGACAUAGUGGUGCAGUCGACGCACAAGGUGCUGGGAUCGCUCACUCAGUCCGCCAUGCUGCAUAUCGGCCAUGGGGAUUCAGGCUCGUCGGUUGAGAAUGUGGGUGAAGCCGCAUUACCACAACCGCCAGAAACACCAUUGCAGUCAGCAGUACCACCACCUUCAGCAGCAGCGCCACAGCCAGAAGUACCACUGCCGCCAUCACCCCGUGUGAGCCCACGAGACGUGGCGCGAGUGCUGCAGCUGCUGCAGUCAUCGUCGCCCUCCUACCUGCUCCUCGCGUCCCUCGACGCCACCACCGGCCAUGUCGCCCGCCCCUCUUUCCCCUCCGCCCUCGCUCACGCCCUCCACCUCGCCACCCGCCUGCGCUCCUCCCUGCUUGCGCUCAACCUGCGAGUCCUCCUCAGCCCAGCCCAACCCUCGAGAAGCCAUAAACAGCCCGAGAGGCAUGCAGGGUUUGACCCGCUGCGGGUGACGGUGAGCGUGAGGGAGCUGGGGCUGACAGGAUACGAGGCUGAUGAUGUGCUGAGGCUGCAGCAUGGGGUGGUGGCAGAGCUGCCCUUCCUGCAUGGCCUCAUUGAGGUUGUGCCAGCUCAGCAGGCGGUGGGGCGCUACAGUGCAGACAUGCUGUGCCCGUACCCGCCUGGAAUCCCUGUGUUGCUGCCGGGGGAGGUGGUCACUGCAGAGGCACUGAAACUGCUGCAGAGAGUGCUGAGUCUAGGAGGCUCUGUGUCUGGCCUGCCCUCUGAAAGCCUAGACGCCAUACGCGUUAUUGGAUGA